AUGAUUGAGGGAAUGGUGAAGGAUGGUGUUAUUGAACCUUCAUCUAGUCCAUGGUGUUCACCUGUGGUGCUGGUAAAGAAGAAGGACGGCAGCAUGCGGUUUUGUGUUGACUACCGCCGCCUGAACGACGUUACAAAGAAGGACAGCUAUCCCUUGCCUAGAAUUGAUGACACGCUGGAUAUGCUCACAGGCGUAAAGUGGUUUAGUACGCUGGACCUGAAAAGUGGCUACUGGCAGGUUGAAAUUGACCCUAAGGACAAGGAGAAAACUGCAUUUUCCACAGGAAAGGGUCUGUGGCAAUUUAAAGUCAUGCCGUUUGGAUUGUGCAAUGCUCCAGCAACGUUUGAAAGGUUGAUGGAGCUUGUACUUACCGGGCUAAUUGGAGAUGCCUGUCUCGUCUAUUUGGAUGACAUCAUCAUCGUAGGCCGUACGUUCGAGGAGCACCUUCAAAACCUGGAACGCGUGCUCAUGAAGAUCCAGAGUGCCAACCUCAAGUUAAGUCCAAAGAAGUGCUCACUAUUCAAACGGCAAGUUAGUUUUUUGGGGUAUGUAGUGUCGGAAGAAGGUAUCCGCACGGAUCCAGAGAAAAUUGCUGCUGUCAAGGAGUGGCCGGUCCCAAAAGACAAGACACAGGUUAGAGCAUUUUUGGGUUUGUGCUCUUAUUAUCGGCGAUUUGUGAAGAACUUUGCAGAUAUAGCCAAACCUCUGCACAAGCUAACCGAGGAGAAGCGACAAUUCUGCUGGGAUGAAAGUUGCGAUAUUGCAUUCCAGGAGCUCAAGAACCGCCUGUGCAAAACACCUAUUUUGGGGUACCCUGAUGCGGGCAAGGAAUUCAUAGUUGACACAGACGCAAGUGAUAUAGGACUUGGCGGUGUGUUGUCUCAACGGAAUGGUGAUCAAGAGAUUGUGAUAGCGUACUUCAGCAAGUCGUUGUCAAAGCCGGAAAGGAACUAUUGUGUCACAAGACGGGAAUUGCUUGCUGUGGUAAAGUCCUUGCAGCAUUUUAGCAAAUAUCUUCUAGGGCGAAAAUUCCACUUACGAACUGACCAUGCUGCACUGAAAUGGCUAUUGCAGUUCAAAAAUCCGGAAGGACAAGUUGCGAGAUGGAUAGAACUACUGCAGGAAUACGACUUUGUGAUCGAACAUCGCAGCGGGAAAUCUCAUGGCAAUGCAGAUGCAUUGUCAAGAAGACCUUGCCCUGAAGAUUGCAAGCAUUGUACUAGGCAAGAGGGUAAGGAAGUGGUAUCUGUGAGAAUGCUCAGGACAGACCAGCUCAGCAAUGAGUGGAAGGACAGCCUACAACAUGCACAGCAGGAAGAUUCGGACAUUAAGCCGAUUCUGGAAUGGAUGAAGGCCAGUGCUCCUAAGCCCAAGUGGAGCGACGUCUCAGCAAUGAGUUCGACCACGAAAAGCUAUUGGGCCCAAUGGGACAGCUUGCUGAUUCAGGAUGGAGUCCUGUGCCGUAAAUGGGAAAAUGGUCGGGGAGACAGGUGUCAUUUGCAAAUGGUUGUCCCUAAGGCUAAAGUGCCGGAUAUUCUACAGCUGUAUCAUAGUGGUUGUUCAGGAGGCCACCUGGGAGUUAAACGAACUCUCCUGAAGAUCCGAGAACGGUUUUACUAG